CUCCGAAGUAAUCGCUGCGAAGCCCAUACUCUCGUCACGUCAACCAAAUCCAAUCCACCAAAGAUGGGCCUGAGCCCCUCGAAGCGCGUGGACGCGGCGCUCCGGCGGGCGCCGGCGUUCGCCGCCGGCUGCGACGCCGCCUUCGACCGCUGCCUCGCCGACGCCCAGCACGCCUUCUCCGGCGUCCGCCCCUACCAGCUCGCGGACGCGUCCGCGCACCUCCACUCGGCCCUGCGGGGCUCCCUCCCUAUCGUCCGCCGCUGGGUGCCCUCGCCGCCGCCGCGCGUGCGCGUAGACUCUGCGCUACGUGUCUCUGGCUUGGAAGGCGCUGCCGAGCUCUCGCGGGAUCAGUUCGGGGAGUUCGCGGCCGAGCUGUUCAGGGAGGCCGUGCUCGCCGGCGCGGCCGAGGCGGCGCUCGUCCGUGCCCCGGCCGGCGCGGCCGGGAUCCUCGGGGUGGCCAUCGUCUCCCGCGCCGGCGCCGGCGCGGCUGGGAAGUUGGUCGCUGUCUACACCGCCGGCGUCGCCGCCGCUGUUUACCUCAGCUUGGGCUAGGCCUUUGUUAAGCUGUAAAUCUGCACAAUAAACUGCUUGUACUACUCUGAUGUAAUCUGAAGAGAUGUUUCUUGCGUA